AUGACAGUCUCAGGGCUGUCGGGCAAUAAGAAGAAGCAGGUCGCUCUAAGAACGACAGUGAAACUCAUUCGAGAGAGAAUUUUGGGUGACAUAAUCGAGUCCGAGACUCACUUUGACUGGGACGAUCCGGGCUGGCCGUCAAAUAAUGAGGGUAUUACCGAGUAUAUUCCUGGCCAAGGGAUGCUAUAUGGCCUGGGAACCCACACCAUCGACCAGGCCAUGCUUCUUUUCGGCCGCCCCGAGAGUGUUUUCGCCAUCUUUAAAUCACACUGCGAUGGGUCCCGCGGAAGUGCCAUUGACGACUGGCACACCCUGAUUCCUCAAUACGCUAAAGAGAAGAAUCAGAGCGUCGUUAAUCACCUUGAUAUCCAGGAAGAACAGAUCUUUGCUGGGAAGUACGCGCCACUGUAUCCCGAAUUCGGUCUAGAGCCCCCUGAGCAGUAUGGUGAACUGACGACCACGACAUCCCAUGACCUGACCUACCAAGCUGAGGAUACAACUGCCCGCCAACCACGCUACGUAGGAAAGAUACCCACCACCCAGGGAAACUGGAAGGGGUUCUACGAAGAUCUAGCCCAGUCUAUUCAGGGGGGCUCGGAUUUCCUGCAAAGAGUAGAUCAUGCGCGUGAUGUCAUUCGGUUGCUGCGCGAGAGAGCGCAGACACGGGAAGGAGUGUCUCCUGGCACUAAGCCUUUAGUGACAAUAUAUGAGAGAACUGUGCAUGUCGUUGGAGGUAAUGGAGCCACAAAUUCAAGCCUAGUUGUAUUGGAUCAUGGAGAUGGCGGCAGGCAGUACUUUGGAAAAGAAAAAGCUAUCACAGCCGCAUGA